AUGGUUCUGUCAUCACCAACUUUUCCGCGAACAUAUUUUCAAGUUCCUACGGUAGCAGUUCACAUGUGUGACCAACGAAAGCAAUAUGACCAGUGUGUCAGUUACGUACCGCUAUCUGUACUUGAGCACUAUGCACCUCACAUAUGUCACUUGAUCGAACCAGACAUCCUGCUAAAUCGAUACCGCCUCUUUAUACGCCUACCACUGCACGAUCAUGUCGAGGAUAUCGAAUGGGCAGGUCUCUACCGCCUCCUUGCCCACUGGAACCACGCCGCUGCUAACAUGAUUGACACACCCCUUCCCCCCACAAACUCAGUCAGUGAUGCCAUCAAAAUAUACCGCUCUCUCCAACUUAUGCUCAAGCCUGAAGCCGAGACACUACGUAGUCGCAUCAUGCACACCUUACACACCACACCUCUCACAGAACUAGAUGUACAGACCAUAUGGUGGGCAUUUCAGGCUAAGCCCGAGUGGCCUUCCUGGCUCGAUGCGCUUUGCUACAAUCUCGUCCGGUUUCAAGUGUUGAGCGGCCAGCCUUGCGGUACGGCAAUUCAGCUCUUCAUCGAGACGGAAAUGCUCAACAUGGACAAUGCUCAAUACUGUCAAGUGCUGGUGGCCUAUGAACGGCAUGGUCUGGCAACUCGUUCUCGUGUGCGGACGACGGUGUCCCGAUGCGUCGAGCGUUCAUUUUGUCGCUUCCAGGCUCGCUCAUGA